AAGCCUUUUGGGUUUACUCCCACCUCAAACUUCAUUCUGAACUGCAAAAACAGGGACUCAUUGUCACCAGUUUCCAAUCUCUUGUGUAAUGGAUGGUUUAGUUGGAUUUGGGUGGUUAAUUCUUCUAAUAGCAGUUGUAAAGAUAGAGGCUGGCAGGAAGCCUAUAAAUAUUAACUCAAAAUGCCUGGGGAAUGUCAUGCGUGUGGAUGUCGGCCCACUUGGAGGAACUCUUCUUGAAGUGUCUGUUGUCUAUAAUAACUCUGCAAUUCUCCUUACACCAAGUUUAGCUUCUCAGUGUGGUUUCAGUGUGAAGAUGAACCAGCUGGGGAACGCCAUGAUUUUUGCCUCCCUUCAAAACUGUUUUGCUCAAAAUGUGAAUGAUGAGGCAUUCACAACAAAAUUAAAUCUUCGACUUCACGGGAGCUGGAUGGUUGAAGAUGAGCUGUACCAGGUGGCUGAAACCUGCAAAUACACUUCCUGGGCCUCCAGGGAAAUUCUGUGUGACCGCAACUAUAUGGAGGUGUCUGUGAAAAUGGCAGCUCCAGCUGAUUACGACCUGCCUGAACAUCCCGUCUCGGUGGGUGAUCUUCAACAAGCUGCUAAGAAACGGCACAUUGGUGCAGGAUUCGGGAUCAAAACAAUUGUGUUCUUCACACCUGAGGAGAGGGUCAUGAAGGUGACUGAGGCCCAGAGAAAAGGUUAUGGGAUCUCCACCACCCCUACAAGGCUGGUUCUGCGAAGCCCGUUAACUUCCCCUGAAACAAACACCCAGAAUGUAGCCAAUGUGCCUAUGACUGUGCUCAAAACCUUGACAAUGUUUGAAAAGGAGUGGAUGAUCCAUGCAGCAGUCACCUGCCCAGUACUGGAUGGUAGUGUUUAUUUCACUGAUCUCUCAAUCAGAUGGUUCCUGCCGAAGCACAUUGACCCCCUGAUGUCCUCUGGGCAGUUUAAACUGUUGGAGGUGCACAUGGGUGUCGAUGGCCAGAGGCUAGAUGCUGCCGAGAUGACCGCCAGACAUUACUUAAUGACCGUCCAUGACAUGCAUAUCAUCAUUGAUAUUCCUAUUGGGGCUGUCGGUGGCCACUUUAAGAGUCAUGUUCAGGAUGGUCAGUACCGCAUUACUUAUACAAUUGAGCCGAUGCUCGAGUUGCUCUGGACCGAAGGUGCCGCUCAAGAGGAAACGAGAUACAAAGUCCUCCUCCCCAUCACGACACCGUUACUGUCUCAACCUCUACAAGUUAUUGACAACACUGUUCCCGAGGAGCGGAUGUUUAAGGUGCUGCUUGGGUCUUUCGGCUCUGAUGUGGCACUAAUGACCAUCACCUUCAACUCUGAGGUUUUAUCCGUGGCAGACUGCAUUGCCAGAGGCGUUAAAGUAAUGGAGCACGUGUCUCCCAAGAGCAUGUCGAAGUUCUUUAAACUUGAAGUGCCCUUCACAGACCGUGGCGUUAUACAAAUGAAAGAAAUGGGGAUUACAGUCUACUCUCUUCAACUGACCUUUGGCUUGCUGGUUCUGCCAGAGUUUGCACCAUUUUCUCAAACUGCUUAUCUUGAAGCUAAAUUAGUAGACAUAGUUCCUCCCUCGGUCUCUGGUGUCUGUGAUUAUCAAAACUUCUAUGUCCUCGUGAAAUACAGGACCCACAACUUUCAGACACUAGUGGGAAGGCAAUAUUUGACUGCGGACCUGGCUCAGCAGUAUGGCUUCAAUGACAAUGGAACACACUUCGGUCUCACAGUACCAUUCUCUUCUCCCGAUGUCGCUGUUGAGACUAUUGCGGCGUCAUCCAUCAAGAGCAGACUCGAUGUGUUUCUGAGGAAUCCAGACACCAACAAAAAUAUUAAAGAAUUCUCCAUUGCUUGCAAUUUCUUCUCAACACUGACUGAGUGUUUCCCUAAUGGAACGAUUACCGCUGUGGCUGUGAAACUUGAGUCAGUUCCCAGUCUGAACCUCAGUCAGCUCACCCUCAGAGACCCCACAUGUGGUCCCUUCUACAGCGACGACCGCUAUGCUUAUUUUGUCUUCACUGGGAACUCCUGUGGGACGACCAGAAAGUUUUUGCCCAAUAUGAUGCUGUAUGAAAAUGAAAUCUCUCCGCCAGAUGACCUUGAAAUGAAAAGGGAAUCAAAUACAGACGAGCCUGAGUAUGAGCUUAAGGUUGCUUGUUAUUUUGACAUCAACAAAAACCAGGCUGCGGCCUUCAGCACCAGGCCUCGCAGGAGUGACCCAUAUGCUGAGAAUGCAAAAGGAGAGCUGCAAGUUGAAAUGAGACUUGCUCUGGAUGACUCCUACAGCACAUUUCACAGCAUUGAAUCUGAUCCCAUCACAAAGUACCUACAACAGCCAUUGUAUUUUGAGGUGGAACUGAUGAAGUCCACAAACUCUGAUGUAUCACUUGAACUUGGUUACUGCUGGGCGACGUUGGAGGACGACAGGACAUCUCUUCCCAAAUGGGACCUCAUCAUUAACGGCUGUGCAAACUCAAGGGACCCAAACCAGGUGAUCGUCCAUCCUGUUUUGCCUGAUGCCAGAGUUCAGUACCCUUCUAAUGUGAAGCGCUUUGAAGUCCCAAUGUUUGCCUUUGCCAAGGACAACUUGAGUGGCCAGCUCUUUGUCCACUGUGAUGUGGUGGUGUGCGAUGCCAGAAACCCAGUGGGUACAGCUUGUAAUGGGCAGUGUUCAAACCAGGAUGACAGAAUAAAAGGUCAAAAACGUGCUGUUUACGAUGGACACAGUAUCAAACACGUGUCAUCAGGACCAAUACUCAUAAGCUUAAAAGAAUCCUAA